CAACACGGCUCUUAGCCAAUCAGCGUUCAGAAUUUACAAAUGCUAUAUUAUAAAAAUUCUUAAAAACCAAUAUCCCCACUCCUUCGCUCGCGGAAUAAUUAAAUAAAACCGGAAUUCGGCUCCAGUUUCCUGUUGGGAGCGCGCGGUCAUGACAAGACCUUUGUAAACAAUCCAAUAUCUAUAAAUCUAUAACGAAGAACUAUGACAUUUUACAGAUAUUGUUUGGCUUCUUUAAACUCUAAAGUCGUCCACAAGUGGACACCAAAUGGUUUACAUACACGUGCCAGAUUUUGAGGCUCUUUUUGAAGAACGAAACGGCAACAUCCUUCGCGUUUUGUCAUGCAGAAUAGCGAUUCUGUCAAAGUGCCGAUUUUACUAGUCACGGCCAACGUUGGUUCUCUCUUUGAGGACGUGAGUAUCUUGUUUCUAGCUGUAGAAAAACCGUAUCUACACUAAAAUGUGUAAUUAUAUACUUAAAUAUAUGUUCUAUAUAGGUCAAGAACCUUUUGUCAGGAUGGAUACGCGAAAUACAGCAAGUGAGUCAUGUCAUAAUCGAAUAACUAUGGUCUUAAUUAAUUAAUCUUGACAUACUCAGUGUUUGUUUAGCUAAUUUUAUCUCAAAUGAGUAAAAAUAUUGUAUAUUGAACUCCAUUCUUUUUCAGAACAUGCUUGAUUCAAAAUUUUGUUCUGAAAAGUAACAAAUACACAUAAUCUGGCUGUUCUAAUGUAUUAAUGAAAAAGUGACCAAUUUUUGUUCUGAUACAGAAAAUUGCCGCUCUUGGUCAUCCGAAAUUUAUCGCAUUCCACUUUCAAGAAAUCGGUGGAAAGUUCCCGCAAGCCGCUUCAGAGAGCAUUCAUCAGAUAACAAAGUAAGAACAUCAAGAUUUUUAUUUCUUUAUGUCGGCUAUCUGCAUUUGGUUUCAUAAUACAUUUUUUUGCCUGUAUUAAUAAUGAAUUCUGUGAUGCAAUUAUAUAAAUACUAAUGUAGAGAUCCUCGUAAUUUAUUCGUAUUUUUCUACAGACAGUUGUUGGGGAGUCAAGUCCUGUCAGAUUACACUGCAGUUGUUGGAUAUUUUGAUCAAGAUUACAAAAACGAUGAGAAAUUCACAGUGAGCAUUUUUCUGGAUCAAUUUCUUUACGAAAUCGAGCAGCUGUUUGCUUUGUAUUCAAAAUUUUGCAAUGUGAAAUGAUGCCUUCCACCCACUCAAAUUAUGCAUAGCUUAUGAAAGCUGCAAUUUGUUUUUCAAUUAUAAUGGCAUUUCAUUUCCUCAGGUGCAAAUUUUGAUUUCAUCUUAAACUGUGAAAUGUUUACUAUUGAUCAUUGAAAAACUAAAUACAUUCAUUUCAUACUUUUUUCAAUAAUCCUGACAGAUUUCUCCACUCACUGCCAAAAUUUACAUAAAUUAAGACAAUUAAACCAUUGAACUUCCAGUGUUUACAUUGAUAUGCCAAUAUCAAAGGGCCAUCUCUCAUAUCAUAUGUGCCAUUAGAGAAUAUCUUUCCCUAGGACCCAGUUCUGUACAACUUUUCCUCUGUCUGGUUGUUUUUUCCAAGUACAGUACCAAAAAAAAUUUUUUUCACUGGAAAAAUGGGAUUAAAUGGACCAGAAAUUUUGCUCUUAGGAAUGUCUGUUACUCUGUUCGGACAGGUGAUUGCAUGGAAUUUGGACAAAAUUUUGGCCUGGAAAAUGAGAUUGAAAGCCCUCUUUCACAAUCCUAACCAAUGAUAUGUCUGACACUUGAAUAGCACAAUCAAACAUUUAAGGCCUAUUAAAAAAUAUUAAAAAAAAAAUUAAAAAUAUUUCUGUUUUUCAUCCCACCCGCCCCUGAAAAUUUGGCUGCCCAAAAAUAUUUUUUAAGUAUUCUUGGUUUUUGUAAUUAUUAAUGAACGAUGUAUAUAAAAAGAAAAAAAUAGAUAAGUAUAAAAAGAAAAAACAUUCUGCCUGCCCGCCCACCCAAAUUCUAUUCCAAACAAAUGAUGAAAAACAGAAAUAUUUUAAUAGGCCUUAUUCUUGUUUUUUGUAUAUAUGCUGCAGCUGUCGCAGAUGGUUUAAAGCUUUUAAGGAAAUAUGAAAUAAUUGGGUUGCUUAGCUUGUAUUACAUUUUUUUAUGUUAUAUUUAUCUUUGUAGGCUCUUGGAGCACUCUUUCUUGUUCAUAAAUCUCUGAAGAAUAUUGCUAUUUGGAAUUAUGCAGGUAGUUUCCUGUUUUUAUUGUGCUCUGAAUGGGUUAACAUGCAAAUUCUGUACAUGUCUUAUUUUCAUGUAUAAUGUCACUAAUGAGUUCUCGUUUAUUGAUGAUUUCACCAAAGACGGCAGUGUAUCAUUGCAAAAAACGGUCAUAAGUCAGUUCUCAAAAAAUCCCCAAAAUGUCCUACAAUUUUUGAAGUGAAACCCUCCUUGAUUUACACAAUUAAAAUGGUCAAUCUAUUUCAGAUGGCAGAUUUGAAAAGAUAAAACAAGGGAGACAGGUGUGUGCUGGUUAUAAAAGUUAUUAGUCAAUAUGUACAUGUACUAUACAUACAGUACUACCAUGCACAUUGUAAAAUGACUACAUUGUUACCAAGUUUGUACAAUUAUGUCUUAAUAUGUCAUUUAGAUUUUUAUGCAUGACUUGGACUCAUUGGAGACACUAGAAAAGUUGAAAUAUCCCAAAAAAUUUUUUCCACAGGUACAGUAUGAUACUUCAAUAACUUCAUGAACAAUCAGUCUGUAAUAAAUUGGCUUUAUUUGAGCAGAAAAUGGCUGCUAAGAGAUUGCAGUCUAUAGGCAUCAGUCUAAGUUAUAUAGAAAGUAUAAAUAAUCGUGUAUUGUAUUAAAUAUUGUUCUAGAUGAAAUGGUCAAGGAAAGGAUAUUUAAAGACAAAAUGGAUGAUAUCUGGAAUGUAAGUGUUACAUAAAUAUAAUUGUGCUGCUAUUCCCUAUUUAUGAUAUAUCUUAGUUGUUCAGCUAUUCCCUAUUUAUGAUAAUGUAUAUUUAGCUGUAUUGUUGCAUAAUUGUCUCUAACAAUUGAAUAUUAUUCUCAUUUAUAUCAAAAGUCCAACAGGAUUUCAAAAGGUCCCUAGCUCCUUUAUAUUAUUGUAUUUUAACUAUAUUUCCAUUGUAAAUAUUUUUUGUGAGCAAAUAUAUUCUAUUCUAUAUUCUAUUCUAUAUUCUAUUCUAUAUUCUAUUCUAUAUUCUAUUCUAUAUUCUAUUCUAUAUUUUAUUCUAUAUUUUAUUCUAUAUUCUAUUCUGUAUUCUAUUCUAUAUUCUAUUCUAUAUUCUAUUCUAUUAAUAUAGCAUUGUGAAUUUGAUUAAUAUUCACUUGUUUCACGACCCGUCAAACUUGGUUUCUAUGGAAUCUGUAAGUAUAUCUUAUUAUAAGACCCUCCCACAGAACAGCCUCUAAUCAUCCAAGAUUGAACUGUGCAUUAUAUAUUUUCUGAAUAUUAAUUGAUUACAGAGUCCUUCUGUAUAUGCUGGAUACCGACGGAAUGCAUUCGAAUAUGUAUUACAUGGGUAAGAAUGGAAAUUAAAUAAUAAAUAAUUGUACAUCCUUAAUUGUGAAAUUCUGUAUAUUAUUCUUAUGACAUAAGAUGACAAUGUGGAUAAGGCAUCGAAGCUUUUAAAAUAUAUAUAUAUAUAUAUAUAUAUAUAUAUAUAUAUAUAUAUAUAUAUAUAUAAUUUAAAUUAUAGUUUAGAUCAAGAUCCUGAUCCCACUUUUGUGUUUGGUGAUUUUAAUUUUCGACUGGAUCAGUUCAAGUUUCUAAAGGUAAUAUAUUAACCAUUAAUUGAGCCUUAAAUGUGCACAUUAGAAUAAUACUUACAUAGUAGAAUAAGUAGUACAUAUGUAAUGAUUUGUUUGUGGUAUUUUCAGAUGGUAUCGAAACAUUGUUCUGUAAAGACAACUUUCAAAGAUGGGGAAGAAGAACCAUCAAAAUUGGUUGUUGCUGAGAAAAAACACCCAGAGAAGGUUACUUACACACACCUUUACUGUAAUUCAUGAAAUUCAACAGUUUUAUUAAAUGCAUACAUGCAUGAGACCAGUGAUUAGCUUGGGGCUAGGCUGUACCAGGUGUGCAUGACGUCUGCCAAACUUUGAAAUUGCCUCUUAUGCUAUGUGUCUUCAUCAUUCAGAAGUAAUAAAAUAAUUAGUUCUGAUCGUGCAACUUUGACUUUGUAUUAAAAUAUUUUAUGCAAUUUUAAAGGUUCGUCUUGUCGUUGAACCAUCCAAAUUCUGUUUGGACCACCAACGUGUUCUUGAAAAUAAUGCUGCUAAACUUCACAAGUUUGACAAAGAACCUCAAGCUUUCAAGAAAUGGCUAUACGAGUUUCCUGUUGAAUUUCUACCAACGUAAGCAAGAGUUUAAUGCAGAUUGAUCCAGCUCUCAAUAAAUCAAUUACACUUAAUUUGAAUAUGUUUCAGAAUUAUGGCCUUAACAUAAAAACCUUUUUAUUAAUUAUAUAUUAUGUGUUAUUUUAUUUCAGUUAUCCAUUCAAAGAAGAUGUUGAAGUCACAAAGCCCUUGUACCUUGAAAAAAGGUUUGUUAUGCAUCAUUUGUAAUUUUUAUUGUGAAAUGGCUUAAUGGCUUUAUCCAAGAUGCUGGGGCUGUCAUGUAUGUAUCUAUGACUUUAAUUUGUUGGGUAGGGUAGUUCAGAAUCAAAGCUUAUUCUUUACAAAAAACUUAUCUAGGUUAUAGGCUAUGAAAAAGGAAAUACAAAACUUUCUUACUGUUGUAUAUUGCAAUGAAGUUCACCAGCUGUUUACGGCAACAUUGAAUUUUCAGUAGAGAUCUGACAAGGUUCUGAAGAAAAUUCAAUGACCAGUGAACAUUAUCACUAUCCAGUGUAUAAUCCUUUGUACAACAGGCUCCUGUAUGUUUGAGAUAUGAUAUAUCCAUUUUCUUGUUAUGCAGAUGCCCUUCUUGGUGUGACAGAGUUUUAUUAUCGCACAAUACCAAGGAAAUUAUAAUGGUAAUUACCGGUUUUGAAUUUUUUAUGUCUUCGACUUUUUCACUACUGCAAGGCGAAAGUGGGUGAAGCAUUGUGGCUAAUGGGUUGGGUGCAGUAUUAGCCUUUAAUGACGAUGUACAAGAAUUUAUAUUACUUUUUAUUUUUUAACAGGAUAAACAUUUAGCAAAAUAUGAAUUAAAUGGUUUGAACACCUGUAUGGGAGACCACAAGGUAUUGUAUUGUUUGAUUUAUAUUAUUUUUUCAAAUUGUCAUUCUUAAAUAAAUAGGUAAAGGUAUUAAUUAUUGAUUUACAUUAUAACAAAUGAAUAAUUUGUGCAUUUUUAGCCUGUCUCGUUGUAUUUAUUCGUUGCUGGCAACGAAAUUUUUUCUCAAGAUCCUCAAAGUAAGUUUCCAGUCCUUUUUUCUUUCUCUCUACUGUAUAAUCUACAUAUGAUAUAACUGUUGUCUCAAAACAAUUAAAGGGUUUUAAUUUUAAAAUGGUAGUCAAGUGAUAGAUCCAGGAAGAUUUUUUCAGGGGGGUGCUGGGCGAGCAUCCAAGCACGCCUAAACCGAGCACGCCCAUUGAGCUAUAAAUAAACUGGAAGGCUAACUGCUAUGAUGAAGGCCUAUGAUUUGAUGAAGCCAAAAUAGUUUUUCUGAGUUAUGAGCAGAAAUACUUGACCCCAAACGUCGGGCUAUAUAUCAAAUUAAAGCUAUUGAAAAUUGCUAUUCGGUGUGGAAAUUUGAAGACUUCAGAGAAAAGAAAAAUAUUUAAAAAAUACAAAAACAACUGCAAAAAGGCAAAUUAUCGGUAAUUAUGUUUGUAGUUUUUCAAUAUUUCCCUUUUGGCUAAAGUCUUGAAAUUUCUACACCAAAUAGCGUUUUUCAAUAGCUUCAAUUUGAUAUAUAGCCGAACGUUCAGUGUUGAGUAUUUCCGCUCAUAACUCAGAAAAACUAAAAUACACUGGCUUCAAUUUCCCCCCCCCCCUGAGUUAGCCUUCCAGUUUAUUUAUAGUUCAAUGAGCCCGCCUGAACGACCAAGCACUGACCAGCAGCAUGUUGUACAUAAUGAAACCACUGGUAUUUUGAAAUAGUGCGAUGGUGCUGCCUUGGAUUCCAAAACUUAAGUUAGUUUAAUUAAGACUAAUAACAAACUUUGAAUACCUCAAACAUUUAAAAGUAAAAUAAAUUUAUUUUUUCACCCCCCCCCCCUGCACCCAAUGCCAACAGGGGUGCGCCCUGUGCACCCCUCCUAUAUAUCCACCACUGUAGUCUAGAGCUAGUCAGUUCCAUAAUACGAUAUGUUUGAACUUACCUAUGCAUGAAAUUACAAAGAGUGAGUUAAAAAAGACAGUGUUUUCAGUAAGGCUCAGUAGCUAUUGUAUGUGUUUUGCUAAUAGCAUUAUUGCUGAGAAAUAGUGAUGAUCAUGUUCUACUGAGUACUGUACAUUAUAGGCUCAAUAUUACAAAUUACAAUAACUCAUUAUUUGACAUUAAGGAAUUAUUAUUUUGCAGAUGUUAUUGAUCCUGGAAAUUCUUGUCUGAUGCUGGAGACAUCCGUAUGACAUAUAAAUAAACAAUUAAUUUUAUAUAAUAUGACAUAUUUAAGUUAAAGUAUAGCGUGUAUAUAUUUAUAAUUACAGUAAUCAGUAUGUAGUCUUAAUUUAACCGUAGUAUAUAUUAAUUGGUUUUGGAUAAAAUCACUGAAGUACAUGCAGAGAGCCCAGCUAUGCCCAUGGCUUAUUAUAUCAAUACAAGUAUUCCAUACAUUUAUAUCAUACUGCUCCGACAGUUGAUUGCUAAAAUUUGGCUGAACAUGAUGCACGCAUAAAUUGCGAGUCUGAGCGCUUUGAUAUAAAUCAAUAAAUGUAUGGAGAAUAUGUAAGGAUAUUUGUAUUGAUACAAUAAGCGGCCUCCCUGUGAUAUCAGUGCAUAAAGUGUAGACUAAUUUGGGAUUUACCAUAAAAUUGUGAAUAUGUAAAUUAUAACUCCUGAUUCAUCCUCGUCACUUGCUCUUCGCAGCGACCGUGGCCUGGUUAUGGGCUUAUCCGCUGGAGACAAGGAUGUUAGUAAUAACAUUAAUCAAAAGAUCCCAGCCUCAGGAUCAAAAACUUUGCAAAAUAAAUAGACAUGUGUUUUUCGCAAUAAUUAUUGCUACUAUACUAUCUCUAUUAUAUUAAUAAUUUGUGUAAAUUAUUUAGGAAAAACUCUAUACUUUUAUAAACACUUAAUUUCCAUGUUCGUUUAUUAAUUAGAAUAGUCAUUUCUGUAUUAAGCCUGUUUUCCACUAGGCGGAAUUUUGCGCGCGGAGC